AUGUUGAAAGUUGAAACUUAUGAACUUGUAGCUUUGAAGUCUAAACAACCAUCCGGUUAUCAAAAACGUAAAAAGAGAAAACUAGAUGAAGAAAAGAGUAAGGUUGAUAUCAGUGCUUUAGAUAAGUUUAUCCACAGACAACAUGUUGAAGAACACAUUGAAGAGCAUGUUGAAGAGCACAUUGAAGAGCAUGUUGAAGAGCACAUUGAAGAGCAAGAGCAUGUAGAAGUAGAAGAGACAGAAGAGCAUGAGCCUAUUAAAGACCUUGUUGAUAUAUAUGAUCCAAGAAGGUGGGAAAAACUUAAUUUGGAUGAGAUUAAAAUUUUAGUUGAGAAAGGUCCUAAAAGAGAUAGUAGUAUUAUGUAUGGUCCCUAUGAUAAAUUUGGUAGACGAUUUUCUACAGCUUUGUAUAAAAGAACUUUAACAAAUUUGGAGAAGUGUGAUAGAGAAUGGCUAGUAUAUUCGAAAGAGCUAGACAGGGUAUUUUAUUUCUGUUGUAAAGUGUUUAGAAAAGGGAUUUCAAAAGGUAAAUUGGAUGGUGAAGGUUAUACAGAUUGGCACCAUGUUACCACUAGGGUUAAAGAACACGAAAUUUCAUUGGAUCAUCUUACAAAUAGGAAUAAGUGGUUUGACAUGCGUAAAAGAUUGAACUUGAACAAAACAAUUGAUAAAGUUCAACAUGAGCAAUUCAAGAAAGAAAGAGAUUACUGGAAACAAGUGCUUUUAAGAAUUAUUGCAGUAGUGAAGUUUCUUGCUAAACAUAAUUUAGCAUUCUGUGGAUCCAAUGGAAAGUUGUAUCAAAAAGGUAAUGGAAAUUUUUUGGGUGUCAUUGAAAUGUUGGAAGAGUUUGACCCGGUUAUCAAAGAGCAUGUGCGACGGAUCACAAAUGAAGGGCUUCAUGUGCAUUAUCUUGGCCACCUAAUCCAAAACGAACUAAUAUCUUUGCUAGCUGAAGAAAUUAAAAAAGAACUUAUCAAGAAGAUAAAGGAAGCAAAGUACUACUCAAUCAUACUUGAUUGUACUCCCGAUUCAAUUCACCAAGAACAAAUGACUAUAAUAGUGAGGUAUUUAAAGUUAUCAUAUAAUUCUGUUACUAUCGAGGAGUCCUUUUUAGGUUUUUUGAAUGUUGAUGAUACCUCCGGAAAAGGAUUAUUUGACAUUACACUUGAGGAGUUAAAGUCUCUUGUUCUUCAAAUUGGUGAUAUGCGUGGUCAAGGCUAUGAUAAUGGGGCAAACAUGAAAGGAAACACCAAGGAGUGCAAAAGAGAUUUUUAG